CGCCAUGAUGCAUGCCUGCAAUGCAUCAUGGGAGACUUAUAAACACAUUCACAGAGAGGCGGGAAAACUCAUCUCCCGUUUUCAGAACAGUUUUUUUUACAAGUCUUUUGGAACCAAAGCCAAACAAAACGUUUCCAGGUCCAAGCAAUCCAGGAUAGGCCUGAAAACAAUUGUUGAAUAAGCUUAGGAGGCAAAAAUGAUCCACAUUGGAGAGUAUGAGGCCAUUCACUAGUAGAAAAUUCCUUUCUCACUCCGUGAAGCUCGAUCAAGGAAUUAUCACAUGGAAUUAUCCUCAGCGUGCAAACAUCCAUAAGCACAGAAUUAAUUAUGCCCAAAUAGACUUCAUGAUGUCGUAAGGCACUCUCCAGAUGUGAUAAAGAUGUAAUUUGUAAGCAAAUUACAAGCAAAACUGUUGUCAGCAAUGGUCUCUAUCACAGCGCCAUCGCUAGACAGAAAAGACACCGCAGUGCAUUGUUGGAAACUUCAAGGUAUACCGUAAGAACUUGACUGGGGGUGUAGGACUUGAAAUAAAGGGGGAGGGGGAGGGGGAGGUGUCUGUUUUCAGUCUGUUCUUACAGUUUGGCGUAAAAGAACUGAGUAGAUGAUGUUCUUCAUUACUCGCCUGUGUAGCAGCUCUGCGUCUUCCAAAGCGCGCGACUUUUCCGAAGUCUUUCAAAGCGCGCGCAUUUUUCGAAGCGUGAUCUAAACAAUGGUUGCUAUAGUUUUUUCGUCGUGUACGUCGAUUCUAAAUUCCAAGCCUAAUCCUUAUAGGGAAAAGACUGUCGAAAAAUGUUGCAAAACAACCGGAGGACAAGUAAAUCCAAGUUCACCGGAUGCCCGAAAGCCUCAAAGAUCCGGCAGUUGGAAUCGGCUCUGGAUUAUGCCCACCGUGCUAUUCGAAGCUUGAACAAAGAUCUCAGAAAACUUGGGAUCGAGAAUGAUGUCCUCAGAUCAGGUCUACAGGACGAAAAUCGGGUCCUAACGGAAGAGCAAAGAAAUGCAGAACUCCUUCUCAAAAAGCAGGAUGAAGGCAGGAAGAAGGCCAAGCUGCAAGAGCUGAAGUUGCAGAAAGUAUUCAUACAGCAUCUACUGAAUGCCGUGUUAGAAAAGGUCUUGGCUACAUCAGCCCCAGCACUUGCCGAAAGAAAGGAGAAAGACCUCGGGUCAUCCUGUGGCAAGCUGCAGGAAGAAAGGGAGGCAUUUGUUUCACAAAUUGCAGAGCAAACGAAGAGCAAUGCCGCAAAAGAUGCCCUACUCGCGGAGCUUAAAAGGCAAAUUGGGCAGACAAAGACUCGUCCACACUGCACCGCCGAGAGCCAGACUUGCUCUCCAUCUAUAAAAAGCAUAGGGAGUGAAUGCACUUCUGAAUGCGCCGAGGCUGAUGUCCAGGCCACUAGUGAAGUGACAGUGGUGUCAGUUGAGACACAAACGGAUGCAGUGCCAAAGAGGCACCAAAACCGUGCAGUGCGCGCCUGGCAGAGUUUCUGUGGCCAGGUACGUAACCUGCACAACCGCCUCAUCCAUGGAACAGAGGCAUUCUAAACCCUACUGGAAAUAUAGUAGCCUGCAUAGGAUGUACUGUUCUUCAGGGUGCUAGCUUAUUAUCUGAUUUAUAAAUUUGAACAGCUGUUAUCUGUAAUGUUUUAUACUGCAAAUUCUAUAUUUUUUAGAUUUGUUACAGAAAUUCAUAAAUGAACUGUAAAUAGCCGCUGAAUCCCUAAGACAAAGGUUAAGUCAGGCCAUUCCUACUGAGGGCAUCUAGCACACGAGAAACAUCCUGCUAGUACCCCGGUGAGGGGUUAGGGGGCGGGAAGGCAUAUUCCGCGUAACCAUGUGUUUACAUGUGGGCCCCAACAUACAGGGUAUUAGCAGGAGCAAAAAUAUGCGCUAGAUGCCCUCGCCCAACCGCAAAAUAGAACACCAAAGCAACUAAAGGCUGUGCCUCGUGUCAUUUCAUGUAAAUAUUUCUAAGUAUGUAAAAAUAACUUGACGAAAGUUGUAUCCCCAAAUAUAUGUAGAAAAAAUAAAACACCAAAGCGACUGAA